CGGAUCAGCGUCGGCCGCACAUCGUCAAGUCAGCUGUCCGCGAUCCAAGUCGCCGGACAGUCGGAAGAGUCGUUCGAGUGAGCAGAGAGGAGAGCUCUUCGAUCAGCCGCCACUCGUGCCUCCCGCCUCGUGUACUGAAUCGGGAUUUGAAGUUACUAAGUACUCGCGCGGCGAACGAGACGAGCCAGAAGUCGACGCGCUGCUUUCCUACCGCAUGUAUGGCGAGAAUCUCAACGUGAAGGUAAUGAGAGAGAACUGGUAAGCCGAAACCGGCUCCUUGAGUCGGCGGGUCUCUUGAUCGAGUCGAGGUCACGGGAACAAAACUGUCCGGCUUGGCAAGACCGAACAUUCGUCGAAUUUUGGAAAUGGAAAUUGGAAAAUUUUCGAUGCUUCUCGCAGCAUCUACGACAAUUGAAACACUUAUUUUUAUUUUGAACCGUUAGAGAUAGAUAGAUUUACGCUUAGAUUAAUUAAAUGCUCAUCAGUGGAAGAUCUCUUUGUCUGUAUCCGCAAAGCGGAAAUUCGGUCUAGGUGGGUUACGGUUGAAUGCGAUUCGCGCUGGUUAAAUGAUGUCACAGGGGCGGUUCGGCCGGUUUCGUGCGGUCGCCAGUUCGACGCAUCAGCGAAAAGUCUCAAGGAUAGGCGAGGAAGUGUACGAAUCGCUGUUUGUAUUUGGGUGCGCAGAGAAGCGUGCAACCGGCGGAGAUCGCAUCGUCAUGUUUACUCGUCCUGUGAGCGAUUACUAUCGAGAAAUCUAUGUCAUCCUAGAUAAUUACAAUCGGGACGAUAAUCCGAUUACUAUAUUAAGCGUUGAAGAAGCUGUUGUUGGAUAAUGCUGAAAAAUGUUUUCUGAUAUCCUUCGUGCGUAAGAUCUCAUUAAAGCGAACGUACGUUAAACGAUUAUCAUAAUUGCAUACGAAAUACCGCGUGCAAGUGAUUCCGAUUGCACGUACAUCCGCUCGGUGAAAUGUAAUCGUGUGAUAAGCAUAUUUACCAUGUGCCUGGCCUUUAUAUGAUAAUAACGACCGCGUUGAAUAAGUUAGACGAGCGUAUAGAUUCAUUAAUCAAAGAAUUUCACCGUAAAACUUGACAAAAGGAUUAUUUAUUUACAAGAGGGAUGGCGGCAGAGCCGAAGUCGAUCAUGGAUUUUCGUACAUUUGUCUGGCAAGUUUUCACGGCUGUCGCUCUCAUAAACUGCUACGGACUCGCCAACGCCGAGAAACUGAGACUAUGCGUUGUCGAAAGCGCACACAUUACAAUCAGAAUUCGCUCACUCUGCUCGAAACUGGCCGCAUUGAACAGUCCGAUUGCGUGUGUCCUAGACAUUGACAGAUUCAGUUGUCUACGUCGAUUGAUCGCUGGCGAAGCCGAUUUCGCUAUAUUGGAGCCAGAAGACCUCGUUGCGGCAGCAGCUUACAGGGAAUACAAUGUUCUAGUCACGAAUGAGUUAAGACUCUUCCUAAAUGAUAAGCAAAGUUUUCAAAUGGUGGCUUUAGUACAUAAAAACGUGGGACACAUAUGGGACGUGAAAGGCAAGCGAUUCUGUCAUCCUGGCUUCGAUAGCAAGGAACUUGGCUGGACUAAAGCCUUCUCGAUGUACUUCGAGAACUGGAUAAUCCCGAAGGAAUGCGAUCCCGACAAGACGCUGCUCGAGAAUAGAGUGCACGCUUUGUCCAAUUACUUCGAGAUGGCUUGCGUCGCUGGUCUAUGGUCAUCGGACACGAUAUUCGACGGGCAAUUAAAAUCAAGAUACAGGAACCUAUGCACCGCGUGCGAUAACCCAAUCAGUUGUUACAAUGACGACAAGUACCGCGGACGUGAGGGUGCUCUGCUGUGUCUUACUGAUGACGUCGGCGACGUCGCCUGGGUCAGGCUGGAUGACACUCUCUUGCACUUCAAGGAGGAGGAGGUCGACAAGCGGAAUUACAACUAUCUGUGUCCGGACGGCGGCACCAGACCGGUCGAGUACGACAAGCCUUGCGUCUGGAUAUCGAGACCUUGGCCGGUCAUCGUGGCUAGUUCACAGAUCGCCGAGAAAGUCGCCCGCACGAUGAACCUCCUGAAGAAUACUACGUUCGGCUGGGAAACGAAUGUGUUGCAGUUGAUGGAGAGCUAUCACAUUUCUCCGGUCAGUACAGAAAACCUGGAAACGCCCGAGGAUUACUUAGGACGAUUCCCCGGUUUCAUGAGCGCCAACAACCGUGCGAGCUGCCGACCUUCGCGACGAGUGCAGUGGUGCGUGGCGUCCAAUUUGGAGGACCGCAAAUGUCGUUGGCUGAGAGAAGCCUCCAUCGUUUACGGCGUGGAACCGCCGAUCUCCUGCAUCCAGGAAACGAGCAGAGCGUCAUGCUUGGAUGCUCUGCGAAGUCGGCGAGCGGACAUCUUCGUCGCGAGGCCCGAGGAGCUUUUACAGGCGAGGAAGAAAGGUCUGAAGCCUCUCGUAUACGCGUUGUCAAACAAGAAGCAGGAAUUGAACAGAAUCGCGGCGGUGGUGAAGCACGACUCGAAAUUCAGGACCCUAAGAGACCUCGAAGGUGCCAAGGCAUGCUUCACGGGCUACAAGAGUGUUGGCUGGAACGCGUUCACAUCGACGAUGAAGAACGCGUCUGCUGGAAAAUGGGGCUGUCCGGACACACAGGCUGUUGCGAACUUCUUCAAGGAUAGUUGUGUUUUUGGUUUGAGCGACCAAGACAAGAGCAAGCUGCCGGCUAAUUUGUAUUCCUUAUGCAAACGAGAGGAAGCGGCGGGCGAUGAUAUAAGCGCCUUUGACUGUUUAACUUCCGGUCUCGCCGACGUCGCUUUCGUCAAUCUGAAGGCCAUUGAGAAGAAGACCGGUAAUCUCGAUCAAAACGACGCAACUGGAAGUAAGGGGUACAGAUUAUUGUGCUUGGACGAGCCGGACAUUGAGAAAACAAACCCAUGCUUACUCACUUGGACGUCUCUUGGCGCGGUGAUAGCGCACGAGAAUGUCACGAGUCUGAGGCACGAAGAAAUUUACUCGAUGCUGCUCGAGAUGGACAAUCUGUUCGGCAUAACCCUGAACGGGCUAACGCCCGCGUUCUCAUUAUACGGGACUUACGACAACGUCAGCAGCGUUAUCUUCCCCGAGGAGACACGUAAUUUGCAGUUGCACGGUUAUCAAAUCCAGAGUGUGCGCAGUUACGAUCAAAUCAUAGAGGAUCUUCUGAGGCAGGAGGCUUGCAACGGCGUAAGUGUACGAAUCUCUCACUUCUCGGGGAUACUUUCCCUAUGUAUGGCUAUCGUUACUUUAAGUCGAUUCUUGAACUGUUAGCACGACGAUAAUUACGCUCUCUAUAAGAAUAUAAGCAUCAUUGUAUGUACCAUGUAAUAUAAUAAAGAAGAGAACGCGUGUUAAGUAGA